AUGACCGAAGAUAAUAGACAACAAAAGAUUUAUAAGAAUAUGCAACAUGCUAUUGUUGAAGCUUUGCAUGUACUAGGCGAAAGCUCACAAUAUAAUGAUGGCAGUGUAAGAAUGAAAGACUUAUUUACAUUUGUCGAGAAAUCUCCAAUAGAAAUCAAUGGUCAAAUCGACUCAGGACCUCACCGCUUUUCCAUAUUUAAUAGUGCUCUAUCAGGGCGUCGAUCUGCUGCCAUUUUAUUUGAAAAAAUUGAUAAUAAUGACAGACAAGGUGCAUGGUGGAAACUUGCAAAACCUUACGAUGAAUGCCUACAAAUAGCUCUUGAGCAAAAAGGUAAUAAAAAAGCUCAAAAGAGAAAUCGUCCAAAAGUUGAACCGAAACCAACUUCAGAAAUCACUCACGUUAAACCACAAGUACUAUUCAAAUGGAAUAAGUCCGAAGUAAUGGAUAUUUUUGAGCAAAUCAAAGAAUUAACCAUUAAAACUGCAAAUCUUCGUGAAGAAAAUCGAAAAUUAAAGGAGAAACUUGUUAUAGAGAACGAAGAGAUUGAUCUAAGGAUAUCUUCAAUUUACGAACAAGAUCCGAAUUCUCCAGCCCUAAAAAGGCUUGACGAAUACCAAAAGGCGAAGAACUACGAACUUUCAUUACGAGGACAACUUGAAACAGAGCAAAAGAAGUUGUUUACUCUAAGUGAUCAAGCAAUGGAAAAUCAUUCUUAA